AGCAGAGCUCGGGCUCCGGCCACAAAAGCCUCCUGGGCUCGGGGAAGGUUCCCGUCUUUCCCUUCGGUUUCGCUUCCUUCCAUCCUUCUCGUCCCCCGCCCGCCUACCAGGCAUGGCCCCAUCUUUCCGGCCCAGCCGAAGCCGCCCCGGGCGGGAGGAAGAGGAUUUCUGGGAGGCGAAGGGAGACCGAAAGGCCAGGAAGCCGCUGGUAGAGAAGAAGAGGCGCGCCCGGAUAAACGAGAGUCUGCAGGAGUUGCGCCUGAUCCUCGCGGACGCCGAGUUUCAGAUGAAGAUGGAGAACGCGGAGGUCCUGGAGCUCACCGUGAAGCGAGUGCAAGGCGUCCUGCAGAGCCGCUCCCUGGAGUCGGACAAACUCCACCGGGAGGCCAGUGAGCGCUUCGUGGCUGGCUACAUCCAGUGCAUGCAUGAAGUACAUAUGUUCGUCUCCACUUGCCCGGGCAUCGAUGCUGCCAUUGCUGCCGAACUCCUCAACCACCUGCUGGAGUCCAUGCCCCUCAACGAAGGCGCCAGCUUCCAAGCCCUGCUGGGAGAUGUUCUCGGGGAGGCUGUAGCGGCCGGGCCCGGGGGCAGCCUGUGGCCUGGGGGAGAUGGCCUGGGCUCCCCGGGGGGCCCUUUGUCCCCCCUGCCCAGCCCUCUGUCCCUGUCACCUAGCGAGGACAUUUGCUCUGAUCUAGAAGAGGCCUCCGAGGUCGAACUGAGCCAGGUGGCCCAGGAAGGGCUGGACACUGCCCCCUGCUUCCCCAGUGGCCUGGCUUCCUCUGCUGUUUCCAAGUGUAUGUGGAGACCUUGGUGAUGGAGACUGAGCUGAGGGAGGGGAGAUCCCUGAGCUGCCUCAGUGGGUGCAUGGGGGAUGGGAUGCACCUGACUGGCUCCUCUUCCCUGUGGACCCCCUCCCACCCCUUCCUUGGCCUCCUGCUCCAGGUCCAGGCAGGACACAUUGGCUGGAUCCUAGAUCUCUGAGUGUGUCUAAUGUCUGACAUUGUAGGCACGCCAAGUAGGUGGCCAGAGAGCUCCUGGCCCUGCCAGCUGGACUUUCCCCAGGCCCUUUGAGUGUUGGGGAGGGGGGGGG